AUGCUCGGUCUGUUUGAGGGCGCUCUUGGGAUUUAUGGGCAAGCUCUACAGCCCGGGAGAAUCCAUAACACCAGGGUGACGCGACUGUCAGACGGAGAGGCGCAGCCUACGUCUGACGCCCGGCUCAUGAACAAUAUGGGCGCGCAAGAGAUUGACUGUGGCAAGCGAGAGGGCGAGCUCAGAGCCGCGAAACGGACAUCAACCUAUCAUAGCUGCCUCAUGUCGCGGCGGUGCGAGGAGGCUUGCUGCCCAACGGUUGGCUCCGGCAUCCAUGAACAGGCCGGGAACGGUGCCAAUCGGCCGCCAAUCGGCCAAUACAGUCAAUGCAGGAGCGAGCGAGCAUCGGAUGACGAGCCCGGAACGCCUCCGUUUGGGGGCACCGUGGCGCCUAUGAAAUCUCGAGUCUGUCCUUACUGCGCUCUGCGGCUGUGGUCGAUCGAGGCACACUUCAUCGGCAUUGGCUCUGAGGGCGGAGAACAAUAA